AUGGUAGAGUUCUUUGCAGAUAAAUACAAAUUUAAGAUGUGCUAUUUUGAAAACAUUGGAGAUCCUCAAACAAUUAAUGAUUAUAUCAAAGCUAAUCAACCCCCAGUUGCUUUAAUUGAUGCAAGAACAAUUAUUUCCUUAGCACACGUUCAAGUAGCAAUUUUAAAUAUGAGAACAAUACAGGAAAGAGAUCAAACUCAAUCAAAAUCAAUUUAUCUUGAAAUCCUUCGUUGUUUAUCCCCUGAUGGCCGUCUUAAUGGCGCUUUAAAGUUCUGUGCAAUACAAAAAGAUACAACAGCUGUCAUUGCAAUUACUUUUGAAGAUGAAUUUCCUAGUAUUCCAGGAUUAUCAGAUCCAAAAACAUUUGAUCAAUUUUUGGCAAAUCCAAAGACCGACUUUGAUAAAAUUAAGAAGGCUUUCAAGCUUUCAGAUGCAAUGCUUGCAACAUAUAGUCAUGAGCAGCUUGUUAUUACUACACUUUCUGUUUUGGCAUCAAGAUUACAUCGUGUUAAGCAGAUUUAA